AUGGAUUUUACUGGCUUUUCGACCCUCCAAGAGUUCUCAAUAGAUGGCACAAAUCCACUUUCUCCGCCGGUAUCUUCAGGAGCGACAACGACAACAGAUCAUGUCAAGUGGCAGGGCUCACAGACUGCAUGCCAAGCUCUCAAUCAACUCAUCCAGUCGAGCGCGAAUGAGGACGGAGUUGGGAAAUCGCGAGGAUGGCACCGCCAGUCCUCGUUUGACCAAAUCCCUGGGUUCUCGCUUCUUAGCACGAACGAAACCGGCAGCUCGUCAGGCUCUUCAUCCCAGGCUAGCGUCAGCAACAGCACGAAACCAUCAUUGUCAAGGUCCUCUCGGCCUUCCAUUUCGCGUGCGCGUCUUUCGGACACCCGGACACGCGGCCCACCAGAUCAAACCAACGUAGAUGCAAGUCCCUCCGGCCUGCCAUUUUUCGCCAAGACCAGCCCUGCUCAAUUUUUGGAUAUGCUGAAAGGGGUUUCAGCUCGUCUAGACGAGAAUGUCGAAGCUCAUAGGAAGGAUGUCGUUGGCCAGACAUCAAAGGCAGUGAAGAAACGGGCAAGAGGGGCCAGUCUAGGUGUUUCGUCUGAGCAUCUCGUCGGAAAGACGAAAAGCCGGCGUAUGGACGGGUUACGCGUGGCUGGACAACGUUCGGUCGUCGACAAAGGCAAGGCUAGGGCCGUAUCUGCGUCCGCUCUGACUUGGGAAACGCCGUCGACCUGUUCGAACACGUCUUCGCACCUGGACGGUGUAUCCUCUCUUGGUCGCAACCACGAUGACUCUAUAAUGGACGUCGACGACAAGCCCCGAAGCAUAGCUCCGCCGUCGUUCGGUCCCCCACCAGCAACCCUUUCCCGACCCUCCUGCUCGACCUCUUUACCCAAGACACCCUCGCAGGCGGAGAUGCCACCUCCUGCCAUGCCAACGAAGCACCCGAGUGUUGCGCCUACCACUGCGCAGUCUUCGAUGAAUUACCAACGACAUCCACCCACCGUCGACGUAAAACCCAGAAAACCUGAUCCAAUUCCUAAAUUGCACCCUCUCCUCCAGCAACAGGCCGCUCAGUUGAAAACGUCUAUCCCCGCGUCUUCCGCUCAGUCAAAUUCAACAUCAUUCAACGGUCAAUCUACUGCUCGAAACGCGGCAACACGGCACGUAUCCGUUGUUGAACAACGACCAUCGCCGAAAGUCGAUCCGCGGCCCCAAGUGCACCCAGCGGCUCCAGCCACAACAAUCCCCGUGCCAUUCGCGUCAACUCCGUCUAAUCGUCCUCCGGUGCUAGGCAUGCGACGUACACACACGUACCCCUCGCGGCCAGGUGCAUCUGGUGUUUCGAAACAAUUCUUUGGCAACAACGCCAAUAAUGCACCUCUUCCGACGCGUCAGAAGGGAUUUAAGCCUCCACUGCUGUCGAACUCGCAGCCUCAGCUACAGCCUCAGGGACAAACCACGAUAAACUCUCGACCUCAGCCUCAGUAUCCUGCACGAAACGGCAAUGUCAACGUGAAAGUCGAGGCGUCGUCUAACGCAUCUCGAUCUUUCUCUGGGUCGUCAACGUCAUCAGGAUCGCAGAAUAGUGCAAAAUCCGCUUCCUCUUCCACUUCUCAUUCUAGGUCCGGAUCUGGUUCGGGAUGCAACACAAGUGUAGAUUCGAUGCCGUCGUCGACGCCAGCUGAGGUUCCAGCUUUUGAUACAGACCCAGAUUCGUCCUUCGGCGAUAUGUCAUUCGACAUGGACGCACUCGAGGAAACCAUGAAGAUGUAUGAUUAA